UAUGACGUCACAACAGAGCUUUCUGCAUAACAACAAGUGCCGUCAUAAAUAGCAAAUGCUUUAAGGAGAUUUGGCGUUGACCACAAAGAAUCAAGAUGGCCCAGAAUCUUGCAAUGAAAAAGAGCAUCUUCCAGAAACUAGAUUUGGCUGACGCGAACCUCGCAUGGCAACUUGUGGGCAGUGAGGUCGUGAAAUUAUUUGCAGGCGAGCACCUCAUACCGAUUCCAAGUUUCAGCAGUAAGCGCUCGCCGUGCGCUCCGGGGUUCGUAGCGCUUCGGAAGGAACGCACAUUUAAGGAAUGGGUUUUCAGACGGCCUCAGAACUUUCUCUUGACAGAAUUUCUUUGGGAUUUCCAUCCUUCAUGGGACAACAAACAACGCAUUCUCCACUCAAGUUCGAAACAGGAAGACACAGAUGCCAACUUUGUGUACGAAAGAUCGCUAAUAAAUAAGGGCCAAAGUAAAACGAUUCGCGUAGUUCUCAAGGGCAAGGAGAAAUCCUCUCUGGAUGAAAUGCCUGGGGAAAUGACCUUAGACCUCGAAAACUUCGAGGACUCGUACUUCGAUGACCUCGACAUCUUCCUGGUGGAUACGGUGUACUCCUGCGACUCCGGCUUCCUGGAAGUGACAAUAGAUGGCGACACUUCCCAGAUAGAAUUCACAGCGAGGUUUCCAAUAGGAUUUAAGUUUCUCAAACUAGAUACUGGAUAUGGACCGUUCCCAAGAAAGGUCAGACGCAUUAAGCCAAUCAAAGCUGAGAAGUGGAAGGGGGUUUGGCUGGACCGGACUCAUUAUAAACAUGCCCUUCACCAGAUCAUGCCUAACCAGAACAAAUACGGUGGCGGUGCGGGCGAUGUGUUGGGUAUGUACAAUACUCCCUUCAACCUGAACGACUAGUACAAACGUCCUAGUGUGGAAGUGAGGAGAGAUCCGCCGGAGGAGUUCCGAACGGACAGUGUCAGAAACCCCAGUGUACAUAUAGAAUUGAAGUAUUACAUUAUAAUUAAA